AUGCUGCAGGUAGCAGGGACUGAGCUGGCCAAGGAUGAUCAAGACCAAGCCAAGAAGAUCCUGUUCACGUAUCCGAUGGUCAAAGAAACGGACAUGAAUGAGGACAUGCGAUCCGAAGUCUUGGAUAUUUGUGUCAACGCAUGUGAGAAACACACUUCCAACAAUGAGAGUGCGGCCAAAAUGAUCAAAGAGCUACUGGACAAGAAAUUUGGAAGCUCUUGGCAUGUGGUGGUGGGUGAGGGAUUCGGCUUUGAAGUGUCGUACGAGAUCAAGAAUCUCAUGUACAUGUUCUUCGCCGGGAAUCUAGCAGUGUGUGCAUGGAAGUGCGCCUGA